AUGGAGCUUUCUUGUGAGUCAGUGAGAUACACUGAGGACAGAAGACCGACCAGUAGCAAGCUUGUGGAGCUCCAUGUGCUGUAUGUGCCAGAUGACCAGUGGGAUGUGAAGCUCAAUAAAGUCCCUGCUGAAGCCAUAGAGAGCUUCAUAUCUGCCGGCUUCAUCAGGGUUUACCCUGAUAUCACCCUGAAAACUCUGAGGAACGAGCUCGGAGCUCUUCUUGGUGCAGAGAGGACCAUAGACAGAUUCUCCUUCCUUAAAUGUGUGGGGCGCAGUUUGGCACUGGUCAAGAGCAGACAGGAGAGGGAUCUGAAAGUAAAAACAUUCGCUCCACCGUAUGCCCCUCAGCCAGAGCUCUACUUGCUGCCCACAGUGGAUAUGGACAGCAGCGUAUGCUCCCAGUCUCUCAGCCGGGACACCAGCAGCAGCAGCUCUCCAGACCAGCACACCUAUUACCACACGCCAAAGACCUGCAGUCUGCCAGCAGGAACAAAAGAGCCCGUUAAAUUCCCCCUCAUUCCAAAGGGUUCCCAUCCGUCACCUCCCACCCCCAGCCUGGAAGAGGAGGAGCAGGAGGAGGAGGAGGAUGAGGAGCAAGGCUACAGUUCUUCAGAUAAUGAAGAGGAGGGUCUUUCCUCAAAAAAGUCAGGGUGGGCAAAGAAGGAUUGUUGCCCAAAUAAGAGUCAAAGAGCACCACCUGUCUCAUAUAAUAAAGUUUUAAGAUGCUGUGAAGCUGAUUCAGCUCAAGAAAAGGAGUCACCAGAGAAUGGCAAAAAUUGCGGGAAGAAGAAUAAAAAGCACAGCGGACAGAACAGAGCGCCCCGAGACUCAGGAGCAGCUCCGUCUUUGGAGGACAGAGAUUCAGGCUUUUCUCUCACAGACGGGCUGGGGAAAUCAAAAGAUGCACAUGCGCUUAAGUUGAUCAGGAAUAAACAAACAAGUGGAGUGACAGAAAGUCCAGCUGUAUUAUCUCGGCCUGUUCGCUGCACCUCACCGCCUCCAGGUCUGAACUUGGCAAUGGUCUCUCAAAAGAAGUCUGCCUCUCCUGUCUUUCACACAAACCGAGAGGAAUUGAUCAAGGAGAUCAAGCUGGUGAGGGAGGAGAGAAAGCAGCUGGAGUGGACAAGACAAGAGUUAUUAAGAAAGGGGAAGGAUUUGUUGGCUCAAAACAGACACCGCAGGAACCAAGCCCGUGACAGUUGGAAGAAGAAAUAUUUCGAAACCAAGAAGGCCACAGCACCACUGGAGGAAAAUCUGAGAAACUUACGACAAGAGUUGGAGACGUUUUACAACAAACUAUUGCACCAGCUGCAGGCCAGGGACAGCAGAGGGAAGCCAAGACGACAGGGCAGAUCUUCCUUAAAGAAUGAGCUCAUCAUUCAGAUCCUGACAGAGAGCCAUGUGAUUGACAACCUGAAGAGGAAGGUCGAGGACGCCAAGAUGAAACUGGUAACAGAGAUCAAGUUGAGGAAACAGGCUGCUACAGAGCUGAGGGCGUUGAAGGCUGAGCUGGCCCAGAAGAAGAGCCAGUCCUCUUAUCCUACUCACAUGGAAAAUACUACAAGGAACAGACACGUUCAGAGUACAUCUGUCUAA